AUGUUGACCGCCAUUGAGGCAGAACGUUCCAAAUUGAUGGCUGCCCGCGCGGAGCGCCUGAGGAUUUGGAAGGAACGCUCAGACCUGGAAAAACAACUGCAGGACGUCGAUCAGGAACGAUUGCUGGUGAGCCGCCAGGUGCCCGGCCGCAACAUCCCUGAGAAGAGGCCUGACCCAAUGGAGAGGCCAGUGGGGAAGGGUGUGCCACAUGAGACGGUGCCCUCGGUGGUCAGUGGGAUGGAUCCUGCGCGGUGGGCACCGCAGAGCACCCCCAGCACCGGCUUCAGCGCACCGAAGCAUUGGUAUGUCCCACAGCAUGAGGAGGCGAUCCCAGCAUUGGGAGGAGUGCAGGAUGAGAUUUUGGGAGGCAGUCAUGAAGAUGAAGCGGUUUUCUUUUGCUUCGUUCUCGCUGCUUCGCACCUGCCGUUGGACCAUGUGUUCACGAACUGA